CUGGGACCAAUAAAAGCUUCUAUUUUGCUUCAUAAACCAAAAACAGGGGACAAUAUUAUAUAACCCCACCCAGAAGAAGAGAGCAAAAUAACUAAUCAAAUGCUGCCAUUUAAACCUCUCCUCCGUAUCUCUUCACCGCUCUCCACCGGUGAACCACAGUUCUCCUCCACCUCAACACCCACAUGCAAUCCCCAGACUUGCAAGUUGCGGCCUGACGCCAAUUCGAAUAAGUUCGAAGCUAACGUUGCGUCGGUCCUGAUUAUUCUGUUUUGUGUUCUAAUUUGUGCUCUGACGCUCAACGCAGCCAUCCGCUGCUUCCUCCGAGGAGGUGGGCGGAGCCGUCGACGCCGGGGAGAAAGCCUUCCCCAGACACAACAGGAAACGGUGCUUCGGCAGAGGAAGCCAGACGGGGGAGGCGCUGCGGCCUCCUUGGUGGCAGCGCCCGCGGUGGCGUACACGGUGGGGAUGGAGCUGGCGGGGACGGAGGCGGAAUGCAUCAUUUGCUUGGCGGAGUUUGUGGAGGGAGAAGGAAUUCAGGUGCUGGGAAGGUGUAAGCAUGGAUUUCAUGAGCAGUGCAUCAAGCAGUGGCUGAAUUCACAUUCCUCUUGUCCCACUUGCCGCUCCAGCUGUCUCUCUCCAUCUCCGUCAUCAUCAUCAGAAGCUCCCGACCAUUGCAUGGACCGGAGUGCACGACUGGGGGUGCCUGAACUGCCGGAUCCGUAGUUCCUCUGCUUGCUUUAUAGUGUAUGUAUAAGUUUAUUUUGCUCAAUUUUUUUCUUCUUAAUUUGGUGAGUAGAAUGAAUAUCUAGGAUUCAAACACUAGUUCUGAGAUUGAAGAACUUGAAAAUUGAGGCCGUAAUAUAAUUGUUAUUAUUAU